UUCACUACAUUUAAGUGUAGGCAGCCCAAAAAACCCUAGUAAUAAACUCUUUGGUCGCUCUGAUUCGCCUCGCUCCCUCUUCCGUUCUUCCCUCACCAACGCCAGCCUACGGCACCGAUCCCUUGCUGAAAAUUGACUAAACUAUUUCUAGGAAGAUGAUGACCGCUAAACCACAUGCCUCGGUUGAAGGGACUGCAGCUGAUGUCAAUGAAGGGGUAGACAUGAACCAGAAACCACGUUCCAGGGACAUCAGGCGCUACUAUUGUCAGUUUUGUGGAAUUUGCAGAUCCAAGAAAAAGCUUUUGCGCUCACACAUCCUAACCAACCAUAAGGAUGAGUUCGACAAUGCACAGUUAGAUGAAGUCCAUCAUGUAAAUAUGCUGGAUGGCAGGGUGCAACAUACUUGCAAAGAGUGUGGUGCAAACUUCCUCAAACCAUCUCAUCUGAAGCAGCAUAUUCAAAGUCACUCUAUUGAGAGGCCUUUUACCUGUUCAGUGGAUGACUGUCAUACCAGCUUUAAAAGGAAGGACCAUUUAACUCGCCAUUCAUUGACUCACCAAGGAAAACUCUUUGCUUGCCCUGUUAGUAAUUGUAACUGCAAGUUUGGAUUCAAGGCCAACAUAAAGAGGCAUGUGAGAGAAAUUCAUGAAGAUGAGUCUCCUUCUGAAGGUCAACAACAUUAUGUUUGUGGUGAACCUGGAUGUGGGAAGAUAUUCAAGUAUCCCUCGAAAUUGAAGAAGCAUGAAGAUUCACAUGUUAAAUUGGAAUAUGUGGAAGUCGUUUGCAAUGAACCUGGAUGUAUGAAGACAUUCACAAAUGCAGAAUGCCUUAAAGCACACAUCAAAACUUCUCACCUUUAUGUUGAUUGUGUGAUUUGUGGAACAAAACAGCUGAAGAAGAAUAUUAAACGACAUGAACACAUGCAUGAAGCAAGUGAGGUGACUGAGAGGACAAAAUGUAACUUUGAAGGUUGUGACCGCACCUUUUCAAAUGUAUCAAAUCUCAGACAGCACAUAAAAGCAGUCCAUCAAAAUCUUCGUCCAUUUGCAUGUAGAUUUUCUGAAUGUGGGAAGAAAUUUCCCUACAAGCAUGUCAGGGAUAACCAUGAAAAAUCUGGUGUGCACACUUACAUCCAAGGUGACUUCCUAGAAAUCGACGAGCAGUGGCAGUCACGGCCACGAGGUGGACGGAAAAGAAAGUGUCCUUCUAUCGAAUCUUUCUGCAGGAAGAGGAUUGUUUCACCUGAGCAAGCAUCAAUACUUGAUAAUGGAGUUGAGUACUUGAGAUGGCUUCUUUCUGGUGAACAGUGAACGAGAUUGAGAAGAUUAGUAAACUUAUGCCAAUACUGCAUCUGCUGUAUUGACAUUGUGAAGGAUUCGUCUCAAAUAAAGUGUUGUAUUGUAUGUCCAAGUCAAAUGAACUGGAUCAUGGUACCGAAUGCUUCAGUCAUGUAUAAAUUGGGUUCUUCACUUUAAAUUGCUCUGCAAAUUAUAUUUCAA